AUGCAUAUAACUCCCCAUCUUCAGAAAUCUGUGAGAGAUCGGUUCUUCAGAUCUGUGAGAGAUCGGUGCAGAUCUGGAAGCUUAAGGAAUCUUGAUGAAGCCUUGGGCUUGUUUGAUAGAAUGCUUCACAUACAUCCUUUGCCUUCCCUCAUGGAUUUUACUCAAUUGCUGACUGCAAUUGCAAGAACGAAGCAUCACUCCACUGUUAUUACUCUCAUUAAAGAAAUGCAACUACCAGGAAUUACUCCUGAUGGGCUCUAUCUUCAGGGUAAUAUUGCUGAAGUUGUGAAGUUAGUUAACAAAAUAAAGAAGAUAGGCUACAAACCUAAUAUAGUUACCUACGGAAUGAUAAUGAAUGGUUUGUGUAAAAUAAGCAAGACUAGUGAUGCCAUUGGGUUGUUAAGGAAGAUGGAUGAAGGAAAUCUUGAACUUAAUAUAGUGUUGUAUAACACAAUCAUUGAUAGUUUAUGUAAGGACAGAUUGAGGAAUUCAGCCAGACAUUUGCACUUACAAUUCUUUAAUUCAAGGCCUAUGCAUAGAAUGGAUGAAGCUGUCAAAGCAUUUAAUACGAUCGUUGAGAAGGAUUGUUCGCCUUCUAUUGUUAGCUAUAACAUAUUGAUCCAUGGAUGUUGUAAAGCGAGAAGAAUUGAUGAGACGAUGAUUCUCUUUCGUGAAAUGUCCACAAAUGAAAAUUUUCCCAAUGUUGUCACUUACAAUACUCUUAUGGAUGGCUUGUGUAAGAAUCUACACUUUCAAGAGGCAAUGGCAUUGUUUCAUGAGAUGGAAGACAGAAAGCUCGACCUUGAUAUUGUGAUUUACAACAUCUUGAUUGAUGGUAUGUGUAAUGUUGGGAAACUAACAACCGUAAGAGAACUCUUUAAUACUCUUCAUACCAAAGGUUUGCAAGCUAAUAUUCAAACUUGCAAUAUAAUGAUCAAAGGGCUUUGCAAAGAAGGACUACUAAAGGAAGCGAGGGUGCUAUUUGAACAAAUGGACGAUAAUAGUUGUUCACCUAACCAUGUCACAUAUAACACAAUCAUCCAAGGCUUCUUGAAACAUAACAAGACAUCAUGGGUAGUGAAAUAUAUGAAGAUGAUGGUUGACAAAGUGAUCAGGAACGUUGGUGGAAGUGUUGCGGCAGCAAGGGCGAAAUUUCUUUCCUAUAUCAUCGAUCCCACAACUGCUGAAGCUAUGGCUGCUUGGUAUGCAGCGUCCCUAGGCAAAGAAGUAGGGGGAGUGAGCAUCAUCCUUGAGGGGGAUUCUUUGGAGGUGGUCUCGGCUCUGCGUAAAGAGGGCUUCUGCAACUGGGUUUUUGGCCCACUCUUAGACGACAUUAAAGCCUGCUUUUCUAAUUUCCUUAUUGUUGAUGUAAUGCAUGUUAGGCGAGAGAUGCUAAUAAAGCAGCUUAUGAUUUGGCUAAAUGUGCAAUUUCUCAAAUGCUAG